GGGAAAACCAGUCGCAUAUUUCCUUCGUUACAGUACUGUGUCUUGUAUUCUAAUUCCGUCCACCGUAGAAAGCCAUCUAGAAUCGAUUCAAGAUGAGGCUGUAAUGGGAAAACUGAGAAAAUGGAGAGAAGACACAGCACUACCUCAGAAUCCAGCAACGACUCCAGGCAGUCAUCCAUUGAUGGUCUGGAGUCAGGGCGCAUGGCUAAAGCGACUACCCCUAAAGUUGCUGCCAAUCCCCUGCAGUUUGUGAAAGUGGGACCUUGUGACCUCUACCGCUCAGCCCAAGAGCAGCUCAAGAAGGUCGAAGAGAUCAAAAAAGCCAAGAAGGAGCGCAGGGAUGAGGCUGAAGACUGGCAAUCGAACCUUGACAACUGGAAAUGCAGCCGCAGAAAAAGGCAAGAACAUAUCAUCGAAAGGGUUGUAGAAGUUAAGAAAUUGGAGUUGGAAGAACACGAACGUAAUCGAAGGCGAAGCAAAACUUUUAACGAAAUGAUGCAAGAGAGGAAUACCCGUGGUAGGAAAUCAAGCCUCCCUGUUUGGAAUGAUGAUUCAGACGACCUUUCUGACUUAGGAAUAGGAAAUAAAAAUGACUCUUCUUUAGAGUUAGACAGAAAUGACGAGGUUAAUGGACACUCGGAGAAUUCACAUGAUUCAUCACUGUCAUCAGAACUGAACAGAAAUUUAGAUAAUAUGCCAUUAGAAAAUGGAAAUAACUCCGACUCAAAAGAAGAUUCAAAAUCUACCGAAAGUGAGGAGUACACGUACGAUAAAGCUAUUCAAAGUUAUGUAACCUUUGCUGAAACAAGAGUCAAAUCAAAGUCUUUGCGAUCGAUCGAUGGUGACAUGAGAGAUUAUUCGAAAAAAGAAAGUCCACCAAUACCUGCCAAACCAAAAAGAGGCUCGCUCACAAAAAUAGAUACCUACAUCAGUCAAAUAGAAUUAAACAAAACAAAAGGUAACGGAGAUGCUACUGACUCUGCUAAAAAGCCUGUAGCAGUUCCUAAAGUAGAUGUUCAUAAAAGAAGAGAAUUAUUCGAAAAAAUAAAGGAAACUGAAGAACAUAAUAAAAUGAACAAAACAUCCUCAGAACUUUCAGCAGCGAAAAGUAUUAAAGAAAGAUUGUCUUCACUCGAAAAACAUCAAGAAAGUAUCGAUUCUUCUCGAACAAACAUAGCUAGUUCAAUCAACACAACAACGGGUGUGAAAGAUCGGCUCUCUAAUAUUGAAAAAAUCUCUAACUCAAAUUUUGUGCCACGACGCUCAAGUGAACCUCUCUCUUCUCAGUCUAUUAAAGAUAGACUUUCCAGCUUUCAAAAAUCGAAAUCUAACUCUCCAAAACCUCAUAAUGUCGUCGAACCAACUGUUUCCAUUAAGGAAAGGUUGAAUAGCUUGCAUUCUUCCUGUGAGAAAGAACCGACUCGAACAGUCAUCCCAAGCGUAGAUCCGACAUUUGAUGAGAAGUUGUCCAACUUUAAGGAAUCAUCUACUAAUGGCUCUUACGAAAACAGAUCUUUGAGCCCCGAUGAAAUAUAUAACAAGAGAGAGCAACACUUUAGGCAUAGAUCUCUUGAUAGUUUAGAUAUAAACCAAGAAAAUAUGUCCAACAGCAGUUUUGAACGUGUCCAGAGCCUCGAAGACUUAGAUUAUAGAAAUUAUCCAGCUUCUACAUUUAGUGGUGACACCGACCGUGAAGAUUCAGGUAUUCAUACUGCUGAUGUAUCGAGUUCUGUCAGCCAAGCUGAUGAUUACGAUUUACAUUUGGACAGUAAUAUCUUGGAUGAUAUAAAAAUGAAUCAUCAACCCCCCAUUGAAGAAGAAACAAAACUAAUCAAGAAUGAAGAUCUUUUAAAGAAUGUAAGUGAUGAGGACAUUUCUCAAGUUAAAUCUUUGACACCUGAUUGUGAGGUGUUGACUCCUUGUGAGGAGGCCCUUCCAGAGCCUGUUGCAACUUCCUCUCCUCUUGCCAUAGAGGAUCCUUUUGUAAAUAGUUCUCAUUCCCCUACAAAUUCUUGGUCUAGUCAUUAUGAAGAAGGAAUACAGUUAAAAGAGGAAACUAUCGGAGAACCUCAUGCUUCCAAAUUGGUCAAAAAUGAUUCCAAUAACCAAAAUCUUAACCAAGUUGCACCUUAUGUGGAAAGUAAUAAGGGUGAUGCCAUUUUAACCGACAUUAACGAAAUAGAAUUUACAGAUAACACAUUCCCUAAAGAAUCUCUCUCCUCAAAUGAAUAUGUUUCUCUUCAUGCUUCACUUUCUAAACCUAAUGAGGAAACUUGUGAUAUAAGUGAGAAGGAGAGAAACAGUGAAUUCAAGAUAAAUAGUUCUAUCGACAGUUCGGAAAAUUUAGAAACUACUACUGACAUAAUCGCUGUUGCUAACACGAUUCAACCAUUUGAAAGAAACGACCAAGAAAUUAAUGUUUUCAAAAUAGAUGAACCUCAGACAAAUGGCUUAUAUGAUAGCGUGCAGAAUACUAAUGUUUCAAUUGUUAAUCAGCUUAGCGAAAUAAUUUUGGAAUCUAACCCCAGCUGCCUGUUUCCACUUUUACCAAGUACGUUAGUACCUCCUAAAGAAAAACCACCCCCACCACCCACUGAAGUUAGUGAUGAUGAAAGUGAUACUAAAGUUAUAAAAUCUAAAUCACUCAGGCGAUUGGACUCAACAAAAAGAAUAAAAAAAGAAAUUCGCCAGAAACGGUCAUCAUUUUUGGGCCUUGAAGGAAAUGAUGAUGAUAGUUACUUUGAACCAGAGUUAGAAUUGAUCAGGCCACCUGACAUGACUACAUUGUUAGCUGAAGAAAGGAGGAUUGAAAGGCAACUCUACCGCCAGUCUGUCUGCUCAGAAAGUGAUUCAAAUCAGGAAAGUCGUGAUUCUGGAGUUGAGUUGGACCACAAGCAUCCAGAACUAACGUGGAGUCAUAGCCGCAAUGACAGUGAAAUCAGUGCUGAUGUUCAGACAUUUGGAAAUCAAAGCACCACUUCUGAAGAGGAUGAAAUAAUGAAGAAAGAACGUGAAAUUAUUGAAACCCUGGAACAAGAAGAGAAAAUUCGUAAACAAGAUCUAGGUGAAAAGUUGGCUAUGAGGUUACGCGAGCUUGAAGCUGAAAAAGAAAGGAUAGAAUGGGAACAUCUUCAGUCGGAACCAAUAAGGAAUGCUCAACCUCAUAUUUUUCCAAAACACACCCAUCUUUCUGUAGAGGAUUUGGAAAAAGCUCGAAGUCGAGAAGAGCUGAAAGAUGCUGACUGGUGUACUCCUCGGUCAUCCCUACAAGAUAUUUCCCAUAUGGAACCUCCUGAAUUAGAAUAUCGAGACUACCGAAAAUCAAUGGGUGAUCUCACAGUGCCAGUAAAUUAUCAUCACCAGUCAAAGACUAGGUACGCUGCCCACAGAAGAUCAAUGCCAAACCUUCAAGAAAAUGCCCCAAGGCGACCUCCCCCUCCACCUCCUCCUGUACUUCCAAGCAAACCCCUUCACCUGACUCAGUGUUUGCCACAAGUCGUUCCUCAGCAAGUCCCCGUCCAGCAUGUCAGCAGUCAACGCUUGAGUUCCAAUCAACAAGUCAAUGGGCAUCAUGUCGUCAAUCCAGCUGUUGGUGCUCACAAUGGGAACGGUCAGAUGAGUCGGCAAACUCUUCAAGCUCUCAGUGCUGCACCAAGGUCGAGAUUGAUAAGUGCUGAUAGUUGGCAAGUACGCAAGAAACAGCAAAGGCCUCCAGACUCUUAUAAUUACCAACAUUGGCUUAUUCAGGAGGCUGAGCAUCGCAGAAUCACCGAGCUGCAGGAGAGGUAUGCUGGGUCCAUAAGGCCAGAGGCUGGGAGGCCUGAGGGCCGAGGUUGGCCAACCAGCACACCUCCCCAACAGCAGUGGUCUCAAGCCAACAGGGGAAAACCGCUUCCUGACUCCAUAAUUCAGACCCUGACUAAGAGGGUGCAGAACAGGCUCUCUGCGCAGGCAACAGAACCCACUGUUCCCAGGAGGAGGCCAGAUAUACCAAAUGAAGUGCCUUACCACUUGCCACCUCAGAAUGAUAGUGCCAAAGAUAAAAUGUUGAGUGUGAGUGGAAAGAAAAGGUGUUCUCAUUGUGGUGAAGAAUUAGGUCGGGGAGCAGCCAUGAUCAUCGAAAGCCUCCAACUGUUCUACCACAUAGACUGCUUUAAGUGCUGCGUUUGUUGCAUACAGUUAGGUGAUGGUCUCAACGGGACAGAUGUUCGGGUGCGGAACAACAAACUCCAUUGUCAUAAUUGUUAUUCCAGUGAUGAUGGAGCGAAGUUCAGCUGUGUGUAAACAUUUGUAUGAGAAAUAAAGUGUAAAAAUUACCACAUUGAGUACCUAAUUGAUCAGUAGUCAUAAUUAAACUCAUUAAAGCUUUGUUGUGUACCUUUGUCAGUGUUUACAUAACAUAGUUAUGUAUAUAAUGUUGUAAUAUUUAUCAUGUGAGUAAGAGUAUAUGUUGUAUAAUUAUUAUUUUUUGAAAGUCAGCCUAUUUAUCUUUCAAUGCAAUUAUUAUUAUUGUUUUAUUUUAUUUUUUUGUAGCCUGUUACACUGUUUAACAAAAUAUCAUUUGUUACUUGUUAAUGUCCUGUUAGUUUAGCCUUUUCUAUAAUUAAAUGUUGCUGAACCUUUGAAAAAAUUUAAUAGAAUAUUCCAACCAGAGAUGGUAUGUGGGUUCUUCGUUGUAUAUAAGUGUAAUAUAUAUAUAGAUUUUGUAAAUUUAUAAAGAAUGCAGAAUUCAAUUGUACUAUAUGUAUUCUUGUUAUUAAUACAAUUAUAACUAAAAAUACAAUUAUGUUCUUAUAUCUGAACAUUACAUUUUGUGUUAUUUGAUAUCUACUUUCCCAUAUCCUUUAAUAUAUUCAUUUCCUGCAAGCCUAUUUUCUGAUGUACAUGCUUUUUCUUUUCUUGUAAGUAUAUGUUGUAUAAUUAUUAU